UGUCUGAUUGAUGGAUGUGAUGGGGAUUUCCCGAGGAAAGCAGCGGGAGAAGCUCAUAUAAAAACGCAUAUAAAUGUCAAACCAUUUGAAUGUCUGGAACCGGGAUGUGGUUCAUCUUUCGUACGAAAACAUGAUUUGAAAAGACAUGGAAAGAUUCAUACCGGUGAUAAGACAUUCAUAUGCGACUGUGACCGAAGAUUUGCCAGAGCCGACGCACUUGAAAGACACCGUCAAAGAGGUAUAUGUUCCGGUGCCAUCCCUCAAUCUUCAAGAAAACGACGAUAA